AUGUCAAUGCUUUUCUCCGUCGUUCAGGUGUUGCUGACAGCUGCAUACGCAACAACGUCGCCCGGUCAUCUUCGUGGACACUUCUUCAACUGCGAUGGCCUUUGGAUCGUCCCAGCGAGUGACUCGACAACUAUCCCGGUGGCACCAACGAUCAAGUCACCACGCUUGGCCUACAACGUGUAUGGUGUCUGGCAACCUGGGACGUCACUGAACAGCUAUCUGGAUGCAUGGCUACUUAAGCUAGUCAGUCGGGGAGGCCAGUUGGGGCACGGCAUCGCAUUGGAAACAACGAUGUCAAUCCUUUUCUCCGUCGUUCAGGUUGGUUACGUUCCCAAUUCUCACUGCCACCGAAGUAACGACUCCUGUUUUAUUGCGGUGUCGUGCCCCCACGACGUUUCUGAGUGUCGACGCCGACUGUUUAUGCUCCUGGCGCAGAGUGCGCAUGCCGUUUACCUAGCAUUGCUAGCCCUGCAAUUGUCUGGAGAUAUCGAAACCAAUCCCGGACCAGACAGUGUUGAUUCCCAAGUGGCUAAUAUUUUGAGCAUUGUAACUAGAAUUGAGAUUGGCCAAAGCCACAUGUUUACCGAAAUUAAGAAGCUCCAGGACGCCCAAUCAUCAACAGAUGUGGCAAUAAAGAACCUUAAAGAAAAGGUAGCGGCAAUAGAGGCCGAUCUAAGCUCUAUGAGGACGGCUUCGGAUGGGAGCGGAAGCAGUACGGAAUUUUCCAACAAAAUUGCAUUGGAGUUAUCGGAAGUAAACGCAAGGUGCGACGAUGCCGAAUACAGGCUUCGGAGAUUGAACUUAUUGUUCUUUGGCAUCCCUGACUUGCAAAAUGAAACUUGGAUUCAAUCGGAGGCAACUAUUUUGAGCUUCUGUGAGCAACGGCUGGGAAUUAAGCUUGACCCGAACGACCUUGAGCGGUCACAUAGGCUUGGAAAGUUUUUACCUAACAAAAAUCGGCCCAUCAUUGUCAAGUUCUUGCGUUACAAAGAUAGACAGAACAUUCUCUCUUUGGGCUUUAAACUAAAAGAUUCUGUGUACGCCAUUCGGGAAGACUUAUCGGACGCUGUCCGCACCGCUCGUAACAAACUGUACUUGUUUGCUCAGUCUCAAAAUGAAACAUUCAAAAUCCGCUAUGAUAAGCUGCAUAUGAAUAAUAAGUGCUAUAAAUAUGACGUUUCCUCCGACUCUGUUAUAGAAGUCUCUAGAUAA